UCCGUUGCAGGGGGUUGACAGCAGGUCCGUUUUUACCUCUUUGCUUUCUUUAAACCACCCUGCCUCGCUUUUCUUUCUCUAUUUAAUACACCUUUUCCCCUGCCGUGUGCGUGUAUGCGUGUGUGUAUUUAUUUAUUUAUGCAUCUCAUUUGAAAGUGUUUAGGUUUUUGCUAUUUGUACAUUUUAGUCGCUCCUCAAAUGAGAAGACGUAAAAGAUGGAGCUUCAUAUUUUAGAGCACAGCUUGAAAGUGGCGAGUAUAGAGAAAGAGGGGAUCCAGAUCUGCACUCAUGGAUUAAUAAAACUCGCUUUCCUGGCCUCCAAAACAAGAUGUAAGUUCUUCAGCCUGACGGAGACCCCGGAGGAUUACACCAUCAUCGUGGACGAGGAGGGCUUCAAAGAGUUGCCUCAGUCGGAGCACAUCAGUGUUGCGGAUGCUACGUGGUUAGCUCUUAACGUGGUGCCGGGGGGGGGGAACGCCUCCAACUCGCAGCCCAUCGGAGUCACAAAGAUCGCCAAAUCGGUCAUCGCUCCGCUGGCCGACCACAACAUCUCCGUCUUCAUGCUGUCCACCUACCAGACCGACUUCAUCCUGGUGCGGGAGCGGGACCUUCCUCUGGUGAUGCACACGCUGUCUUCAGAGUUCACUCUGCUGCGGGUCGUCAACGGAGAGACGGUGGCGGUCCACGACCUGGGGGUCACCAACGGAUUCGUAAAACCCAAAUUGGUGCCCCGCCCCAUCAUCCACCCGCUGUCCAGCCCCAGCAACAUGUUCUGUGUGACGAGUCUGGACCCCGACACGCUGCCCUCUGUGGCCACUCUGCUCAUGGACGUCAUGUUCUACUCCUCAGGGCCAAAGGAGCCCGAAGACUCGAACCACAUCCGCUUCUUCUCCUUCUCCCUGAUCGAGGGCUACAUCUCUCUGGUCAUGGACGAGCAGACCACUCAAAGGUUUCCAAACAAUGUCCUCUUCACCAGUGCUUCUGGGGAGCUCUGGAAAAUGGUGCGCAUCGGGGGGCAACCUUUAGGAUUCGAUGAGUGCGGCAUCGUGGCUCAAAUAUCUGAACCUCUGGCAACGGCUGACAUUCCUGCUUACUACAUAAGUACCUUCAAGUUCGACCACGCCCUGGUUCCUGAAGAGAACAUCCAGAGUGUGAUUGGAGCUCUGCGGACCAAGAGCACGGCACAGUGAAGGAAACCAGUGGAAGUUUAAAAAAAAAAAAAAAAAAAAUGAUUUCAAGUCAUUUCGUUCAAACGUUUAUCCAUGAAGUGCCCGGAGCUGAUCUGCUGUGGAUCGGCUCCGAAAAGGAAGGAACCGGAAGCACGGGACGGUGUUAGAGAUACCUUUGGUACUCGGCUAUUUUCUUUAAACCCCCUCCUCCUGGCACAGGAAACACUCCCUUUAGUUUACCAGACUGAACAUCUCUCUCUCUCUGAAGCUGCUUCUUCAUGAGCGCCAUACUGUAUUAGUUACGUGGAAAAAUGACGAAUAAUGUACUCUCAAAAAAAGCAAAAGGAAUAUUUGAUAUUUUAUCAAAGCUCUCAAUAUUUCUAAGGUCAUUUCUCAGUGCCAUGAUGUUUGAAUGCCUAAACAGAUGCCUUUGUCAGAAUAUUUUACAUGUGUGCAAUUGUAGGAGACAUUUUUCUGACCGAUGACACAGCGCCUGGUUUAGAAAUACGGUGUGUUUUGUUGCUUUUAGUAGCUUUUAAUUACAGCGAAGAUCUUACUGAUGGAGUCCCUUGUUUAAAUUUAAAUUCUGGGUUUGCUGGAGCAUGAAGUGAGUCCAAGGCCUUGAUGAGGAAAUUAUAAUUUUAGCAUUUUUAAUGUGCAGUCACACUGUGAGCAACCUGGUUGAUGUGUCACUCAAAAUGAGCAGAUUGUAUCCCCAUAUUUAAAUAAAAACCACAACUUUUUAUAUAUUAUUUGGCUUGAAAGCACAAUGUUUGAGGCAUUAAUCAAUGACUUCAGAGUCGGUUGUUUUUAUUACAUUUUAUUUAAAAAGGUGAACAUUUAAUUAAUAGGGAAAUUAAGUUGACAAACUAAAGAAGCUAUUUUUCCCUUUUUUAGAGACAUUGAAAGUCUACAGAAAAGGGAACCUCACUGAUGUUUACCUGACUUUUCUGGUUUAAUUUGCAGUAUUCAAUUAAAUGUUUUCAAAUAUAUAUAUAGGCCCAAUUCCCUCAAAUUCAAGGACCCAACACUUUAGGUUGACACGGAUUAAUUAAUUAAUAAUACAUUUUAUAAUGUGAAGGAAGGAGAUGGCUUUCCAGAAGUUCACUGAUAACAGUUCAAAAGAGAGACCCUUGAAUGUUUGAUCCCUUCGCUAUAGGGCUGGAUAAACCACUUCAAUUUCUAUUAUUGCAUAAAAUAUAUACAUUCAAGCCCUUUCAAUAACCUAAAUCUAUUUAUGUCUACCUUCAAAAACAUUUUCUCAUUCUUUCAUAGAUUUCAAGAUACUAUUCCUGGUAUAGACACCUCUCGUAUCGUGUUGCUCACGGUGUGACCCCGCGGUGAUAUAAAGUGCAAUGAUAAAUGUUUGCAUCUACAGUAGUGAUAAAUUACUGAGCCACUUUGUACUAGAAUAACGACAUAAAAAUAAGCUAUUGAAGGAGCCCUGGUUUCCAUGUUGGCGUCUUAUCGUUUUUCCAACCCAGUUUAUACUCAACUACGCCCACUUCUGCAAGACGAAAGCAUCGACGUGGCGUUAGAGCGGCGUUUUCAUCCAGAUACCUGAGUACCUUUUUCAAAGUAGAUUGAUGGAAAUAGCCAUUUUUUAAUAUGAAAGAAGAGUAAAUGUUAAUUAAUCCUUUAAUACUAAUUGACAAUGGAUUUAAGAAUACUUCAGUCAUGUUAAAAUGCCAUCUUUUAUUGUUAUUUUAUGUUUUUAUUACUAUUCUUUUAUUUCAUUUAUUCAUUUUUUUUAUUUUUUACAUUUCUCUUACGUUCUCUUCGUACAUCCAUUGCUCAGUCGUGCAGAAGUGGGCGUAGUUCAAUCUAAACUGGUUGGAAAAAAUGAUGGAUGUGUCCAAUGUUGGCGAUGAAGCUGCCCCCCCCCCCCAGUCUGCACUUUAAUGCAGGCCGAUGAACACAGGCCUGCUGUACUGAUGUGAAAAAACAGGGGAGGGCUAUUUACUGUCAGGAAAGACCCUGUUCUGAUUUCUGUUGGUCUUAAGCAUUUGGUGAUAAUGUUUUUAUUUCCUUUUAUUUCACACCACCUUGUACCUAACAACAAACCUUUCUUCUGCUCAGAUUCGAUUAGCAGAACCUCUGUAUUUAUCAGUGUUAAAAACCGGAGGAAGGGGACAUUUCUUCUGAUUACAUUUGAAAGUUUAAAAGCGUUUCAUUUUGGAGCUUCUUGUGUGAAAAACUUAAAAAUAAACAAGCUUUUUUUUUUCUUUUUGGAGAUCUGGUUUCACCAA